CGUAACAAUUACUUGCGGCCGCAGUUUAAAAAUAAUAAACCUUUUUUAUGCAGUCUCCAAUCUCCCUCCGUCGCCAGCGCUAUCUAGGUUUUAGGUUUUCUUCUCUAUACUUGGGAAGCGACAAUGAGCUCUACGUCGCGGAGAAACUCUAAAUCAGAGAGGCAAUCCAUCUUCUUCCACGACCUCGCCUCGCCGGUCUCCAUCCAUCGCGCUGGCGGGAGAUUCACUACCCCCGGCCAAGCGGCUGCCGUCUCCGCCCUAUGGCACGAAAACUUAGGCGGAUCGGAACCUCCGCCACCACCUGUAUUCACACUGGAGGAUCGCGUUGACUUCUCCCCCGAGCCUAACAUCGGCGAGUUUCCGACAUCUCCGGAGCUAGGCUCCGGUUCGAGGACACCAAAGCAUUCGCACGGGUAUUUAUCUUCUCCUCAUAGUGGCAGGGCGGAAGCGAAUAGCUCUGUGUUGAGUAAUGGUGGGUUGCGGGCUGCUAAGCAGCAACACCAGCAUAGUCCCGGAAGUUCUAGCUGGUGGUCGCCCGUUAAGGCUGUGGAGCCUGAGCAGGAGGAGAAGGGGAGAGGGUCUCCAGUGGAUGGUGUAGUGCAGUCAAGAGCUCUAAUUAUGCUUCCACCUUUAACGGAAGCUGUUAGGCCGGAGAUGCAGAAGAACAACCUACACAUGGAAACAUUGGAUGAGGAAGAAUGGGUUACUGUUUAUGGAUUCGCUCCAGGUGAUACCAACUUGGUGCUUCGUGAAUUUGAAAAGUGUGGUACAAUAUUGAAGCACCUCCCUGGUCCUAGGGAUGCAAACUGGAUGCAUAUUCUCUACCAGAAUCGUUAUGAUGCCCGGAGAGCACUUGGCAAGAAUGGUGCACAAAUAAACAGUGUUCUGAUAAUCGGUGUGAAACCAGUGGACUAUGCCCAGCGGCAGUACCUGGAUGAGAGACUCAACAGCAGUAAUCAUGCCAGCUUACUGAUACCUUCUUUUUCUCCUCGCACUACGUAUGGUAGGAGCACAAGUUCCUCAAUUGCUGCUAGUGGUAUCGGUGUCACUGCUCGACCUAACACCCAUCUUAAUGGUGGUGGUGCUUUUGCCACUGAUGGCAAGGGACAACGUUCAACUGGAGCUAUUGCUUCUCCUGCAAAGUCGGUUGUGUCCAAAGUCAUGGACUUGAUGUUCGGAAUAUAGAAAUUCUUUCCCUUCAGUAUUUUGUUGCUGCUACCUUUCCGGCGAUUCUGACAUAGAGCUGUGUGAUUAUUUUGCAAAAGAUGCAGCUUAAGACCGCAAGCUGAUAAGGUAGGAUGUUAUUUGUGUCAGUUUAAUCUGAGGUUCAUCAUCUGUUGGGAUUGAUUUGAUGAAGAGCCACUAGUAUUUGGGUUCCUUAUUUUUUUGAGAUUGGAAGUAUUGCUGAAUGGGCAAGUCUUCAGCUUGGGACUAGUUACAGAAGACUGUUUAUCACUCGUAGCUGUUCUGAAGUCUUCAUUAUAAUCAAUCCUAAAGCCGAUAGCUUCCCUCUUAUAAAUUUAGUCAUUUAACAAUCUUUUGUUUAAUCUCUUAUAGAGUUGAAAUUUUCUGAAUUUAGUUCAAUCAAGACGGAAGGUAUGUAGCAUAUGCUGGCUUUUUCUAACUUUAGCUUAGAUUGAUGAAACUGAAUGCACGAGGAACCCAAAAUGAAAUGGUUUUUUUCGAGGCUC